AUGGAUGCCAGACCCCCGGCCGAAUCGGCCGGCAAACGACCGAGAUCGCCGACGGGUGACUUCCCUCCCAUCGCCUCCAAGAUCCCCAAAACCCAUUCAAAUCACCUGCAGAUCAACUAUCUCGCCCGUCAGUACCCCGAUAACCUUCCCCUGGUCUCCGCCGAUGACAACAUGUCCGCCAUCAUCCACCUGAUCGGCGAGUACGACGGGGUCUUGCACCGCCACGAGAGCAUCGCCGGCAACUUAGGCGCCUGUCCCUUGGGCCCCAUCCUGAUCAAGCGCUUCGAGCGCCUCUUUGACGGUCCCCCGCGCGUGCUUAAAUCGCAUGGAAAGGAUCCCGCCAACAUCACCUGGUUGGACGUGGUCGAGUUUGCCAAGAGCAAGCCCGAGCAGUUCAACCUGGAGAAGUCCCGCAAUGGCGUGCGCGUCUGCCAGUUCUACACCAAGCAGUGUCGCGUCGAGAUCAGCGAGGAGGACUUUGUGCUGAUCGCUUCCGGCAUGCCCCAGAAGAUGAUCCCCCCGCAACCCAUCAUCGAGGAUGAGGAGAAGGAGCUGGGAGCGUUGGAGAUCCUGGAGAAGAACAUUCAGCAGAUCAUCCAGGUUGCCGAUCAAGUCUCCGCUCGUGCCCGUCAGCUGAACCACCGCCUGAAGAAUCGUCGCACUGCCAUUGUCACGCGACGGGAGAACGACCUGUCCCUCCACUCCCAGCAGCAACAGCAGCACGGAUCCUCCUCCCCGCCGUGGCGCGAGCUCAACGGGAAUGGCUCGCUCCCGAUCCAGAGCAACGCUUCGUCCGCCACGCACUCCCCGUCCACCGGGUUUGUCGCCGUCAACUCCGGUCGCCCCGCGGCGGAUGUGACCCCCGACGACCCCUCGCUGUCGUCGCACUUUAUGUUCUCCCAUUCGAAUACCGACAAUGUCACCAUCAUCAACGGCACCUCCAUCAAAGGCGCGUCGCCCACGACCCGCGCCGAACUGAUGAAAAAGUUCUUCACCACGCAGGACCGCCAGUCCCGCGCCCUCGAGGAGGCUCCGUCCACCGAGCGCCAGCCGUCGCGCCCGCGCGCACGCGCCUCCGACGCCGCCGACCAUCCCAUGUACACCCCCGGCGCCGCGACAGUCGCCAUCCCCCACACCCCGUCGUCGCUACUACCACCGCCCAAGUCGCACCACCACGAGAAGGACGACGGCGGCCCGUUCAAGAUGGAGAUGGUCGCGCGCAUGGAGGAGCUACAGCGCGGGGAGCGCAUCAUGCCACCCUGCGACCGCUGCCGCCGGCUCCACAUGGACUGCCUGAAGAACCUGACCGCCUGCAUGGGCUGCACCAAGAAGCACGCCAAGUGCUCCUGGAAGGAUGUCAAGGAGGACGAGCUGCACGAGUACCGCGCUGCAGGCAACAGCAUCCGGGAGCCACGCACCGCCGACGAAUCCUCCGGCAAGGACUCCCCGUCCACCACCGCGGCGCCCGCCCCGUCGACACAAGACACGCCAUCCACAGCGACAGCUGCCAUCCCGGUCACUGACCCCCUGCGCGAAGAGCGAGGACGAGACCGCGACCCUUGGGCCGGAACCGAUCUCGCCCAGCGGCGAGAAUCAGCGCCCAUUGCCAGUAUCCCCCCGGGGACGCCCCACCGACUCGACACCUCCCCGCGACGAGCCAUGAGCGAGAUGCACAGCGCGCCGCGCUCGGCCUACGAACGACGCCCGAGUCUCCAUCAACGCAACGACCCAGACGACGACGACCCAGACGCCAACCAACGCCUCAUGCAAGCCAUCCUCGACACAGUGGACCACCACGCGCGCGCAGCAGCCGUACACGAAGUGACCCACGAAGUACCAGAACGGGAAGGCGAACGAGAGCGAGAGCGGGUGCAAGAGCGAGAACGGGAGCGCGAACGGGAGCGCGAACAAGAACGCGAUCGCGAGCGCAACCUGGUCCGCGCAUGA